UCAUCUAUUUCUUCAUUUGCAGUGUCACUCUUGUUUGAAAUCAUGAAGAUCUGGAACACCACCUCAGAUUUCAUUCUCCUAGGACUCUUUAACUACACAGGAGCCCACCUAUUUCUCUUUGUGAUGGUUCUGACAAUAGCCUUCAGCUCUCUAGUAGGCAAUGCCCUCAUGAUCUUCCUGAUUCACCAGGAUGCCCAGCUCCACAAGCCCAUGUACUUCCUACUGAGCCAACUCUCCCUCAUGGACAUGAUGCUGGUCUCCACCAUUGUGCCCAAAAUGGCAGCUGACUACUUGACUGGCAAUAAGUCCAUCUCCCCUGCUGGCUGUGGGUUGCAGAUCUUCUUCCUCAUCACAUUGGGAGGGGCUGAGUGCUUCCUCUUAGCAGCCAUGUCCUAUGACCGCUAUGUGGCUGUUUGCCACCCACUGAGAUACCCCAUUCUCAUGAGCUGGCAAUUAUGCCUGAGAAUGACUGUGGGGUCUUGGUUCCUGGGGGCAGCUGAUGGGCUCAUGCAGGCUGCUGCUACCCUGAGUUUUCCAUUCUGUGAUGCACAUGAGAUCAAUCAUUUCUUCUGUGAGGCCCCUACUCUGGUGCGUUUAGCUUGUGCUGACACAGUUGUUUUUGAGUAUGUGAUGUACAUCUGCUGUGUAUUAAUGCUCCUGGUCCCAUUUUCUCUCAUCCUGAUUUCCUAUAGUCUCAUCCUUGCUGCAGUUCUUGAGAUGCGUUCUAGAGAGGCCCGCAAGAAGGCUUUUGCCACUUGCUCCUCACAUCUCUGUGUAGUGGGACUCUUUUAUGGACCUGCUACUUUUAUCUACAUGAGACCCAAAUCUUAUAACUCAACUAAUAAUGAUAAAGUAGUGUCAGCCUUCUAUACCAUCUUCACCCCUUUGUUGAACCCCAUUAUCUACAGUCUGAGGAAUAGUGAAGUCAACGGAGCCCUAAGAAAGUGUAUGGGUCAAUGUGCUGCCUUAAAUCAUGACUAA